AUAAUAUAGAUCAUUAUGCAACUUUUCGAAAUGUUUAUGAAUUUGAAAUUACCGAAGAGUAUAGACCAACAUACAUGCAAUCACAAGCAAAUGCAGAACCUAUUUCAAAGUCCAUUUUGGUUAUAUCAAAAAUUUGGGGUUACAUUAAUUGUGAAGAUUGUGGAAAACGUCGCUGUAUGUAUAGUGAAAAAUCCUUAACUCAUGAAGAAUAA